GCUUCCACCACCACCGGCGCAAGCGCACUGCAGGACGCUGAAUCGCCGGCGACCCCUAACCCUAACCCUAGCCCCACCGCCCCUCUCGCCUUGCGCCCCUCCUCCCGCCGGGAGCCGCUCCUCACCGUCGCGCCGCCGUGCCUAACCAGCGAGGUUGGUCCAUGUCGGGGUCUCCUGUUGUUUCCCCUUUGGUUUCCCAAAUUCCUUCCACCGACCAGUCGUCCCUUCUUCCUCCCACCGUGCGCGAAGCAGAUAUGUCCCACCAAUCAGACACAUCAUCCUGCUCGGAUGAUUCCGAUGACAGCAGUACCGUUGACCCAACCGGCAUAUACACUAUGGAAGAUUUGAUUUCUGAACAAAGCAUCUUCCACAAUUUCCUUGAGCGGAUCAAUGUGAAGAUCCAGGCCAAAAUUAAACCUCAGCAAGCUGGUGCAUCUCACCGCGGGAGUAGGAAGUACAUAGUGAGAAAUCGUGAAGAGGGCCAUGAACAACUUGUGGCUGAUUACUUCGCUGAGCAUCCAACCUACACUGACGAACAGUUCCGUACAAGGUACAGGAUGAGAAGACCCCUCUUUCUACGUAUAGUCCGUGCCUUGGGAGAGUGGUCUCCCUAUUUCACAGAAAGGAGAGAUGGCCUUAAUCGUCAAGGACUCACACCUCUACAGAAGUGCACAGUAGCUAUUCGUAUAUUAGCAUUGGGUUCACCCUCUGGCGUCACUGACAAAUACGUAGAAAUUGGUUUCAGCACAGUAAUGAACUGUUUGGAGCAGUUUGUGGACGGGGUGAUCAACAUGUUUGGUGAAGAAUACUUGAGGAGCCCCACUAGUGUUGAUAUGCAGCGCCUUCUACAAAUGGGUGAGACCCGUGGGUUCCCUGGCAUGUUGGGAAGCAUUGGCUGUAUGCACUGGGAGUGGAAAAAAUGCCCAGUUAAAUGGGUGCGUCAUCUUACUCACAGUGAUCACGGUGUUGUUAAUAUCAUUCUUGAAGCAGUUGCUUCACAAGACCUCUGGAUAUGGCACGCUUUCUUUGGUGUUGUUGGGUCUCACAGUGAUAUUACCAUGCUGAAUCAAUCGCAUUUGUUCACCGAUGUCUUGAAAGGUCAAGGUCCUCAUGUGCAAUUCUCCAUCAACAGGAGGCAGUACAGUAUGGGUUACUAUCUUGCUGAUGGUAUAUACCCAGAAUGGCCUGUCUUCAUUAAGGCGAUGCCCCUCCCUCAAACUGAAAAGGAUCGAUUAUUCGUACGAUAUCAAAAAGGAGCAAGGAAUGAUGUCCAACGGGCAUUUGGACUCCUAGAAUCACGUUUUCCCAUCGUGCGUGGCCCAACAAAAUUCUUCCAGAAGGCAACUCUAGGCAAAAUCAUGCAGGUUUGCAUCAUACUACAUAACAUGACACUUGAGGAUGAGCAAGAUAUGGCAAGUGCUUGUUUCAACUCGAAUGAAAUUUCAGAGAAACCGGUUGCUCCACUGUCAAACAUUAAAUAUGGACCUACUGAUCAUUUUGCUGAUUUACUUCGGAGAAAUGCUAGUAUUUGUGCAAACUCAACAGAUAACCAACUCCGAAGAGAUUUAAUCGAGCAUGUUUGGCAGCGAUUUGGGCCAUUUGGCGACACAUAAAGCAACUAGUUCUAGUGUAAGAUGAUUUCCUAAAGGUGCCAUAGCGCAGACUUGGACUUCCAGAACUGAGAAAUAUUCGUAUCAGCUUAGAACAACUCAAGAAUGAGUCAUCUGCCAAUAGUUUGCUGGAAGCUAUCUUAAUCUGUCAUCCUUGAAUGUGUUUUGCUUAUCGUAGUUUUGUACAAAUUUGACCACAGGAUUGACAUUACAGCUGAAUCAGCCGUUCCGGGGUAAGCUUGGUCCUGUUGACUACCGAGUGAUUCUUA